AUGAUCAACCGCAAAUAUGUCUUUCUUGAGUCGCGCGACUCACCAUACGACUUACCGCACAAGGUCGGCCCAGAUGCACUUCCAAAUGGAUGGAAGCUGGACAGCUUCGAAGACAACUUGUGGCGAAGCCUUGCUGGCUUUGCGUCGCACAUUGAUGACACAAAAUCCCGCUGCUACAUCAAGUCCUGUGACGAUUUCUUUGUGGACUUUCAGUGGAGCUAUGCCAUAAACGAAGCCACCGAAUACAAUGCUUCACUGUGGCCAAGCAGUUCAGAGCGUGCAGCUUUCAGAGACCGCUUGCAUGAACUUGCAUACCCGUCGUUGGAACAUGGGGACCUCACGGAUUGGAAGGAUCUGGGCCAGCAGCUCUCUUCAUCACUGUGCCACGCGGAGUCGUUGCGCUCCUAUGCGUUGCCGUCAGGUUUUCCGUCGCCGACUCUCCAAGGUUGGUCGGCUGUGCCAGUGUCAGACGACCCCAGCUGCAAGUACCAGUCGUGCAGAAGCAAAAGCACCAGGACCUAUGAUGAAUACUUGGUCUCUGCUGAUGAUGUCGUGGUGUAG